UUUCCCUCCCAGUCCUUCUCACAAGGCGCUCUUUAAGCUCCGCUGUUGCCACACAGAGCAGCCAUUCAUCGGCUCUGCAGUCAGCCACACACACCACCACUGGACAUCUAAAUUGAAACGAUGUCGGGAGAGGAGCACAGCCUGUCAGAGUCAGAGCUGAGUCCCGUGGGGUCAGACGACGGCCACUCGCUGUCACCGAGUCAGCCCAGAGCGCCGCCCGGCCCGGACUCCCCCCUGAGCGGCCCGCCGCAGCAGCUCACCGCGCUCUGCGUGGCGGAUGCGGGCGGCGAGGACGGAGGCAGAGCGAGGGCCAAGUCGGAGGAGGAGGACGAUCGCUUCCCGAUCGGCAUCAGAGAGGCGGUCAGCCAGGUGCUGGACGGAUACGACUGGACGCUCGUGCCGAUGCCGGUGCGCGUGAACAACGGGAACAAGACCAAGCCCCACGUGAAGAGGCCCAUGAACGCCUUCAUGGUGUGGGCGCAAGCCGCCAGGAGGAAGCUGGCCGACCAGUACCCCCACCUGCACAACGCGGAGCUCAGCAAGACCCUGGGCAAGCUCUGGAGGCUCCUGAACGAGAACGACAAGAGGCCAUUCAUCGAGGAGGCAGAGAGGCUGAGGAAACAGCACAAGAAGGACUACCCAGACUACAAGUACCAGCCCCGGAGACGCAAAAAUGGCAAACUGACCCCUGCUAGCGAGUCUGACAGCCAGGGGGAAGGGGAGGCCAGCCACUCCCAGUCCCACUACAAGACACUACACCUGGAUCACAAUGGUGGGGCUGGGUCCCCCCUGGGUGACCUGCACCACCACCACCACCACCACCAUCAUCAUCCGGCAGGUCAGGGUCACAGCCCACCCACUCCCCCCACCACCCCAAAGACAGAGCUUCAGUCUGGGAAAUUGUCAGAUGCCAAAAGGGAGGGCGGGUCGGGAGCGGGCGGAGGAUCUGGGGGCUCCAGGAACGCCCUUGGAGUGGGAGCUGACGGGGCAUCCGGUGGUCCUUCGUCCUCGAGCACCAAACCCCACAUUGACUUCGGCACCAUGGACAUUGGCGAAAUCAGCCACGAGGUGAUGUCCAACAUCGAGCCGUUUGACGUCAACGAGUUUGACCAGUACCUCCCUCCUAACGGGCACCCCCACAGCGGCGCCGGGGUCCCCUCGGCCAGCUCCUCCGCCUCGUCCUACGCCUACGCCCUGGCUGCGGCUAGCGGCCACUCGGCGUGGCUCUCUAAACAGCAGCAGCAGCAGCAGCCUCAGGCCUCCCCUUCGUCCUCCGAUCCAUCGAAGGCCCCCAUCAAGAGUGAGUCCGUCACCGCUAGCCACUAUGCCGAGGCGUCAUCCUCCCCCUCCUCAGGUACCCAUGUCACCUACACCCCGCUCAGCCUCCCCCACUACGGCUCCGCUUUCCCCUCGCUGGCCUCCAGGGCUCAGUUUGAGUACGGAGACCACCAGGCCCCCGGGGCAUACUACGCCCACUCCAGCCAGGCCCCUGGGCUGUAUUCAGCAUUCUCCUACAUGGGCCCCACACAGAGGCCUCUGUACACUACCAUAGGAGACCCCUCCAGCGUGGCGCCCUCUCACAGCCCCACGCACUGGGAGCAGCCUGUUUACACCACGCUCACAAGACCUUGAGGCAGAGCAGCUGAGCGGUGGGAAAUAUGGGAAGUGUGUGAGUGAAUCUCUUGUAUCUGUGUGCAAACGUGGGAUUGUAUGUUGCGUACAUGUGCCAUAUUAGCGGUUUUUACCAGUUGUUUUUGGGGGGUUUUGGGGGGGGGGGGGUUUGUUUUAGCCAACAAGAUGAAAAGCGUCCACGAGACCUAACACGAGACAGAUGCAAACUCUCGCAGAAUAAAACGUGACUCAUGGACCAGCAGCCAAUCAAAAAA